AUGUCAACAAACAGAAUGAAAGAAAAGCUAGGAAUAGAAUGGAAGGGAAUAUCACAUCAUAGCACUAACAAAGAAAAGAGAACCGCUCAAGUUCUUUACGUGAAGUACGACAAUCAUUUUGUUUUCUUCACUCCAAAUAAAUUGCGGCACUUGAAAACAAAGCGAAAAAAGACAGGAAAAGUUUCAGGUGACGAGCAGACUAAGACGGCUAAGAAACUUAAUUGGGAUCUGAUUUUUCUUUUACAUCUCAGAUUCGCACGAUAA